CUUUAUUCAUUCCAUCGCCAGAAGCCGUUCUGAAUACACGCGAGAUGGCGAACGCUUUCCUGCUCUUGGCUGCUCUCGCUGCGUCUGUUUCAGCAGCUUCUGCUAAGAAUGUCCCUAAAAAGAAUGAGCCUUCACUUGGUGGAGAGUUUGACCUUCUCAAUCCAACAUCUAUUGAUGGGAAGAACUUGUACGAGAGUGACAUCCUGCUCACAGACGAACAACGUCAGCUGAUAAUCGGAAAAAAAGCUAUCAGCAACUUAGCUGCCCGUUGGCCCACUGCUGCCAAUGGGUUUCCUGAAGUGCCCUACAGAUUUGGUGACGCGAACGUCGACCAGGCAGCCGUUUUAGCUGGCAUAGCCCACUGGGAGGAAAACACCUGCAUCCGAUUUCGCCUUGAUGAGAGCCAAACUUCUCCUCAUAUCAGCUUCAUCCAGGGCUCUGGCUGUUGGUCUUAUAUUGGCAUGAUUAACCGCAAUAGUGGACAGGACCUUUCUAUUGGGAGUGGCUGUGAAGGGCUGGGAACGGUGGCCCACGAGAUCGGCCACGCCAUGGGAUGCUACCACGAGCAAUCAAGGAGUGACCGAGACUCCCACGUCAAGAUCCUAAUGGGAAACAUCAUAGCAGGAAAAGAAGGCAACUUCAACUCCUACGCCGACAAUAACUACUCAGUGCCCUAUGACUUUCUGUCUACACGUGCAUUAGCACCGAAGGGCUCUAAACCCCUAGACGCAGCACCACUCACACAUAUCUUACAUUCACUCCCUACUGUUAGCAAUGUGGGUUCACUUAACACCACUGCUCCAAAUGACAUCCAGUGUCUCUUCUCAUCCCACCUCCUCAACCUCUCCUCACCAGAUUCUUCUCAGCUUAAUCCCUAA